AUGUCUACUUUGCAAAAACUUCGAAGGGUGCCAUUGGCAUGUCAUAACCAUGUACGCAUGGUAUCUGGCAUGCGUCUGGCUACGACGUCGAGAGUUGCACGCUCUUCAACGCUUCCUCGUAAUCUGUCCCCACGUCUUUUGCAUACAUCUGCUGCUCGGAUGAACUCGCCUCCCGGCGGAGGAGGAGGUUUUCCUGGCAUGCGGAUGAACAUGCAAGGGCAAGAUGCUAAACCAGGUGAGACACUCGCCCAAUACUCUCAAGAUUUGACCAAGCUUGCGCGUGAAGGCAAAUUGGAUCCCGUGAUUGGUCGUGACGGCGAGAUCCGCCGUUCGAUUCAAGUCCUCUCGCGACGCACUAAAUGCAACCCAGUGCUUGUCGGACCAGCUGGUGUGGGUAAGACGGCCAUCAUGGAAGGUCUCGCACAGCGCAUUGUGAACAAAGAAGUGCCCGAGUCUCUGCACGAUAAGCGCGUAUGCGCUCUGGAUCUAGGUGCCUUACUGGCCGGUGCCUCGUUCCGCGGUGCCUUUGAAGAAAGAUUUAAGGCACUACUUUCAGACAUUGAAGCCGAGCAAGGUAAAAUCAUUGUAUUUAUUGACGAACUUCAUAUGCUACUUAAUCUCGGCAAGGCAGAAGGGUCUGUCGAUGCGGCCAACAUGAUGAAGCCUAUGCUCGCUCGCGGUACACUACAAUGCGCAGGUGCUACCACGUACGACGAAUAUCGCAAGUACAUUGAAAAGGAUCCCGCACUUGCCCGCCGAUUCCAAAGUGUUACAGUGGAUGAGCCGUCACCUGAGGCAACUGUGGCCAUCUUGCGUGGACUGCGCUCGAGGUAUGAGGUACAUCAUGGUGUGGGUGUCAGUGAUGGUGCGCUUGUCACAGCAGCUACGUAUGCGUCACGGUAUCUGUCAGAACGCAAGCUCCCUGACUCUGCUAUCGAUCUGCUAGACGAAGCCAUGUCUGCUCUCCGUUUGCAACAGGAAAGCAAGCCCGAAGUCAUCGAAACUCUUGAUCGGGAUAUACUCACGCUGCAAAUUGAGCUCGAGUCUAUUCGCCACGAAAGCGAUCCUUUGUCGCUAGAGCGAAAGAAGGUUGUCGAGCAGGAACUACAAGAAAAGCGCAAUGAAAACGCUGCACUGACAUCGGCAUGGAUGGAAGAACGCAGUAAGCUUGAUCGUGUCAAGACACUCAAGGAAGAGAUUGAACAGGCUCGCAUUGAGCAAGAUCAGGCAACGCGUGCAGGUAACUUCCAACGUGUCGCCGAAUUACAAUACGGUCGCAUUCCUGAGCUGGAGGCGCAACUUCCCAAAGAAGAAGAGGCAGGAAACGAUGCUGCACAGAAGAACAUGCUCCAUGAACGUGUAACUAGCGAUGACAUCGCAGCUGUGGUCGCCAAGAUGACUGGUGUGCCUGUCCGCAACUUACUACGUGGAGAACGCGAACGUCUGCUUGGUAUUGAAGACUCUCUUAGGCGGCGUAUCGUGGGUCAGGAAGAAGCUCUGGAUGCUAUUGGCGAAGCUGUGCGUCUUAGUCGUGCAGGUCUGCAUUCAUCUAAGCGGCCAUUGGCGUCUUUCCUGUUCCUUGGUGGUACAGGUGUUGGUAAAACGGAGGCUGCCAAGGGUUUGGCACACUUCCUCUUCGAUUCAGAAAAGCUUGUGCAGAUCAACUGUUCUGAGUUGAGCGAGGCACAUUCCGUAUCAAAGCUGGUAGGUGCACCACCAGGAUACAUCGGCCACGAGGACGGUGGCCAGCUCACGGAAAAGGUUCGUCGUCAUCCCUACUCGGUUGUUCUGUUCGAUGAGAUUGAAAAGGCCAAUCGCAGUAUCCAUACGCUGCUGCUUCAAGUACUAGAUGAAGGCCGCCUGCAGGACUCGCAGGGCCGUAUCGUGGACUUCCGUCAAUCGAUUAUUAUUUUGACGUCAAAUGUUGGUGCUGAUGUGCUGUACGUCCCUGGCGCUACAGAUGAAACAGGUCAUGUCACGGACGAUUCACGAACCAAGGUCAUGAAAGAAGUACAGCAUGCAUUCCCGCCAGAGCUACUGAACCGUCUGGACGAACAAAUUAUUUUCAACAACCUUGCACCGGAAAGUCUCCAUGGCAUUGUACAAAUUCGUUUACGUGAAAUCGAUGAACGCUUGCGUGAGAAGCGCAUCACUCUCCGCGUCGAUGAUGCUGCGCAGGCAUGGCUUGCCAAGAAGGGCUAUGACCCUGCUUACGGUGCGCGUCCAUUGGGCCGCCUUAUCCAAAAGCGUUUGCUGAAUCCUCUCGCGUCCAACAUGAUCAAGGGUAAGGUGCAGGAUGGCGACACGGUUGAAGUGCAUGUGAGCGACACGGGCGACGAACUCACAUUAAACGUCAUUGCUGGGCCAGAGCAUCAGCAGCAAGAGUCCUCCUCUACAUAA